UUUAAGCAAGGAGACGCUAUGCAGCUGAACCUGGUCACGGUCUUCAUAUUCUCAACCCUUUAUCCCGGGUUCGCUCUUAGCCAAAACUCUGGUGUAAAGUUUAUCACUGCCUUUCCUGAGAAUGUAGCCUAUUAUCACCCAGUACCACCCACACUCCAGCUGUUGAUCACCUCCUACCAGCAGGACACCUGGGUAAAUAUUACUGUAGGAACACAGGGCCUGGAAAUCAGCAAUGUCCUUUCUGAUUGGGAAGUAUGGCCGGUGGUGCUUUCGAGCCAAGAACGGCAGUGGUACAAUGAGUCACAGAGAACCACGUGCAUCUACAGCAACAGGCCAGUCACCGUGCUGUCUGCCAGUAGCAGAAACGACAGCACAGAGAUCAGCGUAUUGUACCCAGUGGGCAGCCUGGACAGCGAAUACUUCCUCACCGCCCCAGCAAACGCCAAAACGAACGAAUCGUUCAACUUUGUCGUCGUGAACGAGGAAGACGUGAACAACUUCACUGUGCAAGGGCAAGACGGCGGGAAUGACGUCCAUCUUCAGCCUUUCCGAAGCGCCCAGUUUCCCAUCUACCCCCAGUUUUUGACGCAGGUGAAUGCCGAAGAGCUUGUGGCGGUGCUUUUGGGAAAUCCCUGCUUGGAUGUAGGUGAGUGUGGCUGUAGUAUGGCAUUCGAGCAGCUGCUUCCAUCCAGCAUGUGGGGGAAGGAAUAUGUCUUGCCGGCACUACCGGCUUCCAGCAGAUUGGAAAGCUUGCUCGUGGUCGGCAGGGCUCAGGACGAACUGAAGAUUUUGUCAGAUCCCAACCUUCACCUCCAGUUCAGCACGCCCAGGUCACUCACCCUCCUGGGGCCCGGCUUCCUCAUGAAUCUUCUACCGGUGGAGAACUGGACCUACAACUUCCUGCUUCAUACCUUCUCCAACUUCUCCAACUUCGCCCUGCUGGUGGUGGAGACCUCAGAAAUAGAUGGGCUGAGGCUGAAGCCAGUCUGUGAGGUGGGCUGUGAUGAGCAAAGUGCUUUGUCUGUUAACUGGACUGCUGUUUCCACCACCGAGUAUUCUCAAGGAAUUCUGGAGCUGGACACAUCAAACAGCACUUAUCUGAUCUGGCAUCUGACCUCCACGAUGGCAGUGUACACCUUUGGGACACACCUCUAUUCAAACAGGUCCUAUGGAAGUACUGCUUUGAGCCUCCCGAGGGUUACAGGCUACCUGGUUCUGGUCAGGGAUGAGCAGAACUGGACCUCGGCCCUGCAGCAGUGCCAAGCCCUCGGUGGGGCCCUGGGCAGCAUCACUAACGCGGACAUCAAGCUGCAGCUCACCAGUCUACUUAAGAAUUCGAACCUGGAUGGCGUCUGGAUCGGCCUGCGCAAGAGUGUGCUCACGGGACAGUGGUACUGGCUCAGCCAUGACCCCCUGGGCACCACUUACUGGGCCAACCACGAGCCCAGAAACAACACACAGGCCUGGUGUGCUGUGGCAUCUCUGGACGAUAACAACAUCAGAUGGAAUAGCGAGAUCUGCUGUUCUUCAUAUCCUUUUGCGUGCUAUAUGUGGUCGUAGGGCCCUUCGCCUGCUGUAUGGGAUAGGAGGGCCCGUCGCCUGCUGUAUGGGAUAGGAGGGCCCUUCGCCUGCUGUUUGGGAUUGGAGGGCCCUUCGCUUGCUAUAUGGGAUAGGAGGGCCCUUCGCCUGCUAUAUGGGAUAGGAGGGCCCUUCGCCUGCUGUAUGGGAUAUGAGGGCCCUUCGUCUGCUGUAUGGGAUAUGAGGGCCCUUCACUUGCUAUAUGGGAUAGGAGGGCCCUUCACUUGCUAUAUGGGAUAGGAGGGCCCUUCGCCUGCUGUAUGGGAUAUGAGGGCCCUUCGCCUGCUGUAUGGGAUAGGAGGGCCCUUAGCCUGCUAUAUGGGAUAGGAGGGCCCUUAGCCUGCUGUAUGAGAUAGGAGGGCCAUUCGCCUGCUAUAUGGGAUAGGAGGGCCCUUCGCCUGCUGUAUGGGAUAGGAGGGCCCUUAGCCUGCUGUAUGGGAUAGGAGGGCCCUUCGCCUGCUGUAUGGGAUAGGAGGGCCCUUAGCCUGCUGUAUGGGAUAGGAGGGCCCUUCGCCUGCUGUAUGGGAUAGGAGGGCCCUUCGCCUGCUAUAUGGGAUAGGAAGGCCUUUCUGUUAGGGUCCUUUGUUUCAUUGAUGUAAGAGCAUCUCUUUUCAGUUAGCAACUAUCCUCAGCUUGUCGGUGGAUAUAUCCUAUCGGCUCAUCACUGAGCUUUUCAUUUUUCACGUUUAUACUGGGCUGGUAGAGUUUGCCUGUUCUUUACCAUUACUGUAUCCAUUAACUUCUUAUUUCGAAGUAUCUUCAGUUCAGAUUAAUGACAAUAAAAAAGUAUUGCCAACA